AAAAAUAGAAUCUUACUUCAAAAACGUGCCAUUGCAACUCCUAUGGAAACCAACAAUCAAAAAAACCUUCUCAAAUCAAAUUAACCUCCCCCGUCUUCCGAUUCCGACAUUGAAAGAAACAGCAGAACGUUAUAAGAAAUCUUUAUUACCUCUUUUAUCCACUUCGGAUUAUAAUCGAGCAGCCAAUGCCGUCGAUGAAUUUAUGAAGGAAGGGGGUUUUGCUGAAGUUCUUCAAAAAAGAUUAUACGAUGUUGAUAAAAAUGAAAAGAAACCUUUACUUAUAAACGUUAAUUGGUGGAUCGAGUUCAAUGAUCCUGUUACCGGAAUUUUAGAAAAUCCUCCCCAAAAAGGUCAAAUAUCUGAAUUUCAAAUAGAUAGAGCUGCUGGAUUAGUGUCAAAUAUGUUGACAUUUAAUGAUAUGAUUAACAAUGAAUUAUUACCCCCGGAGAAGACACGUCACGGCCCAUUGUGCAUGGAUCAAUAUACUAAACUAUUUGGUGCUGCACGCAUCGCUGAUUUCCCCUCUGAUCGUGUUAUCACAACAUGGCCUAAGACUGCUAAACAUAUUAUUGUGAUUUUUAAAGAUCAAAUUUUCAAAGUUCAGGUUUUAGGUACAGGAAAUGAAAGGGUUCCUAUUAAAGAAAUCAAAAGGCAGCUCCGAUCUGUGGCUGAUCAAGUAAAUAAUACUACGAAAUUGCAGCCUCCAAUAGGUUUAUUGACUGGUGAACACCGUAAUACAUGGGCAACAGCUCGCAAAAAGCUUGAAUCUUCAUCUGCAGAAAAUAAGAUCAGCUUUGAUUUGAAAUUUAUUAUAAUUCAAUUUCAAUAUAUAACAUAUUUGUUAAAGACAUUUAGUGAAACUAAAAACCAUGAUGUAAAAAGGUUCACAUAA